GCUCCAUCGACCGGGCCGCAUCCAUGCCCCGCUGACCAGAGAACCCGCGUGUUUUCCCAACCCCGAAGCCUGCGCACUCAAACGAGGAGGUACCAGACGAGAUGGAGGCGGCGGCGGCGGCCGCGAGAUCCAGUACUUUAGCGGAGUCGCUUCCGUGACACCAACCGGUUCGUGUGCUUAUUGCUGAGUGUCCCGAUGGUUAUAAUCUGUGGUCUCUCAUCAUCGUUUAAAGCCGAGAGCUCGCUGGUCGUUGGCGGCGUUGAUGGGAGACCUACAGAGAUGGCGGGGCGGCAACAAGGUGAUCUCAGCGCGAUUAUUGGAAAAGCAAUAGAGCAGGUGGGAAAACUACUUCAGCAGCGGAUUCCGGAAUCUAACAAUGCCGUGAAGCCUAGCUAUAUGAGUGAUGAGGGGUGGAGCUGAAUUUUGCAGACACUGAAAGGCAGUGCGCGAGAAGAGUGUAUGAUAGGCAGGCGAAGGUGUACAGGAGGUGGGGCAAAAGGCAGUCAAAUCGACGCUUCGCAAUGAUCCAAUGGACUAUCUAUAUGGAUCUUGAUGGGAGCAAUGCACGCAUAGCUAACUACUUUGAUGUCAUCGCUGGCACAAGCACAGGUGGCCUCAUUACUGCUAUGCUAGCUACUCCAUCACUGAGCAAUGCUAAGCAACCAUGCUAUGAGGCCAAGGAUAUCGUGCCAUUUUAUCUCAAGCAUUGUCCUCACAUCUUUCCAUGCAGGACCGGAUUUUUUGGUUGGUUAUGCAAGAUAGUACGCAUAAUUAAGCUGAUCAUUGGGCCGAAAUACAACGGGAAGUACCUCCACAAAAUAAUCAAUGAUCUGCUUGGUGAGACUAGAGUGAAGGAAACAUUGACAAAUAUUGUGAUUCCUACUUAUGAUGUUAAAUGUGUAAAGCCAACAAUAUUCAGCACAUUUAAGGCAAGAUCUAAUACCUUGAUGGAUGCUCGUCUUGCUGAUGUGUGUAUUGGCACAUCUGCAGCACCAACCGUUCUCCCUGCACACUAUUUUGAAACUGUGGAUUAUCACACUGGUGCAACACGCAGCUUCAACAUUAUUGAUGGGGGCCUUGUCGCAAACAAUCCGACUCUGGUGGCAAUGAGUGAGAUAACAAAGCAGAUCCGGCUGAGGAGCAAGGAAUUCCCUGAAACCAAGCCCUUGGAUUACCAUAGAUAUCUGGUAAUAUCAUUAGGCACAGGUCUUCCAGAGCAAGACAUCAAGUUUGACGCAUUGCAUGUUGCUAAGUGGGGUAUUUUUCAAUGGCUUGGCCGGCACUAUACCAUGCCUUUGCUGCACAUGUUCUUACAUGCUAGCUCAGACAUGACUGAUAGUCAUGUUGCGAACCUUUUCAAAUCAAUCGAAUGCUCAGACCAACUGUUGCGCAUUCAGGACCACAACAUACCAAUAGCGUCUGUGUCAGCUGACCUCACAACGGAGAAGAAUCUUGAAGGGCUGGUUACAAUUGGAGAAAACCUCCUGCAUAGGCCACUAAGCAAGGAUGAUUGCAAGAUCAACCAUGUCAGACCAGUGCCAAAAGAUAGCUGUACUCUAACCUAUGCUGAUCUGCUCACACGGUUUGCAAAGCUCCUUUCUGAUGAGAGGAAGCUUAGGCUCCAGAACAUAGAACUGGAUGCAGAGGGUCUUGGCGAACCAUGAAAGGUGAGCUCUUCAGAACACAUGGUCCAUGCCCAUCUUAGCAAUUCGUGUUGAUUACUAUAAGCAGUUGUGUGUAUUACAUGUAGUUCUUCAGUGUGUAAAUGGUAAAGUGACGUGUUAGCUCAGAGCCCUUUAUAAUUGGACAAACUGUAAUGCCUUGGCGCGCCGGGCUAUCUAGCUGUGUGUAAUGUGAGUGUGGUGAACUGGUGGAUCUGCAUCCUAGGCUGUAAAUUCUCUGUUACUCGUAUUGAAAAAAAAAGUAUGCUGUGAUUAUUCCAGCAG